AUGAUGUACAGAAAUGACCCUCAUACAACAAAAAAUAAAAUUGACACUCCUGGUAAUAUGAACUCAAAUGAAAGGCACUCCAAAGAAACAGUGUCUUUACCCAAGCUGCCUCCUUUGGUCACACGAACUUCAUUCUUGGAAGAUGUGGAUGGUGGUAAUACGAAAAAUACUGGUCCUUUGACAGCUCCUCCUGAUAAGACUCAAUAUUCUCCCAUCAAACAAACUCAUAUACCUCAUAGGCAUAAUACAUUGAUGAAUUCUACACCUCAGCCUCAUAAACAAAUGAAAACUACUAGAAGUUCUGCUGAAUUCUUAAAAGGGUUGGAUAUAUCGUCACCGUCACCGUCAUCAUCAUCCAAUACUUUGAUUGAUAGACGGCAUAGUUUAGAUAGCUCAAGUAGUAAUGAAAGAGAAACCCCACAAAAAGAAUCCUUUUCUCCAUUAACAAGAACAAAUACUGCUUCGUUGAAAAGACAUUCAGGUAGACGACCACCUCCACCUCCCUUGCCUAAUGAAUUGGUAUUGUCACCUAAAUCCCCAGGAGCUUCGGUCAUGGGUGGGUCUACUACAAUCCCAACUGCUUCUGCAUUACAAUUACAUCGGAAACCCACUAUUACUGGCACGAGAUCUAAACGAUUAUCGAGUAAUGGUACCACCUCAAGUGUUAAUUCAAAUAUCAACGGUUCAAAUAAUGAUGUUUCAGAUAUGAUUUUAUCGCCUACCACUCCAAUUAGAAAUAAAUCGCCUCCAAUUAAUACUAUUAAUACCACUAGUUCUAUUACUACUACGACUACGACUACUACACCUAUUAGAAAUCGAAAUCGUUCCCCAGGUAAUAAAUCACCAGGAAUCAGAACUCCAGGAAAUAGAUCCCCUUCCAAUAUAUUAAAUAAUUCUUUUAGCCCGUCAAGUUCAAAUAGUACCCCCUCAAAUAUUAAUACUUCAAAUCAAAGAAUCUUCUCUAAUACAACUACACCCACUUCUUUCCAAAAUAAAAUAAUACCUUCAAGCCCGUAUAAAUCUUCAAUUAAUAACAAUACUAAUCCUAAUAAUAAUAAUGUUUUACCCAAUUUAGCCACGACAAAUAAUACAAUUAAUAAUACUAAUAGAAGUCCGUUAAGUCCAUUAGCUCAUACUUUUGAUGAGUUUUAUGAUGAUAAUUCCGUCUUUUAUAAGAAACCUUCGAUUUCUUUAACAAAUAGUAACCUAAUGAACUCAAAUCAAAUUUCAAAUACAAAUACAAACUCUAGGAAUACAAGUACAACAAGCAAAAUCUCAGAUUCCAUAGAUAGUUAUUAUUCAGAUUCAAAUUAUACUUUUAAUAAUUCAAAUGCAAGGCAUAGUAGUUUCAACUCUUUAUUAGGUGGUAAACCUUUAGAUUUGAUUCCAAGCAUUACCACACCAACUCAACCUUUUUCUAUCAGUUUAUUAGAUGAAAAUAAAUUAUAUCAAUGUUAUGACAUUUUUAAAUUAUCCGAUAUUUAUGAAUGGAUUUUGAAAGUUUAUUUUGAAUGGUUUAAUGAAUUUAUCUUUACUAAAUUAGAAUUCUUUAAAAUGGUUCAAUUGUUAUUAGAAUUUCAAUUACCCAAAAAUUUCAAUCAAAAUUUAAUCGAUUCAAAUGUAGAUAAAAUUAUUGAAUCUUUAAUUAAUCAAAAUGCUGUUAGAUUUGAAAAAGAUAUAUCUACAACAAGCGUAAAUUCAAAUUCAAAUUUAAUUGAAAUUACAAUUAUAAUAUCAGGUUUAGAUAUUCAAGGGAUUUUUACAGAAUUAUUACCAUGUUAUUCUUAUCUAGAUAAUAGAUUAUUGUUAAAUGAUUCAACUAAUAUUUCACCAUCUAAUGAUGAAAAAAAAUUAAUCACUAAUGCUUUUAAUCAAUGUUGUUAUUCACAUCUUUGUCGAUAUUAUUCAAAUAGUAAUAGAUGUUCAACUUCAAUGAUUUCUACUUCUUCUUCAAUAAAUUCAACCUCCAUAAAUUCAACUGAUUCAUCAAUGGCAACUUCUUUAGAUUCCUCUCCAAAUAAAGAAUCUAAAAAUAUGAAAAGUAAUACAAAUCAUAGCAAUGCUAUUAACAAUAAUAUUUCUAAAAAAACUGAAAAAGAUUUGGAUAAUAAAAAAAAGAUAAAAUUAUCAGAGUUUAUUAACACAUCAGUAGGACUUUGGACGGAUUAUUGGAAAUUAACACCAGAUGAAAUUAAAAAAAUUGAUCCAAGGGAAGUUCAAAGACAAAGUUUUAUAUUUGAUUUAAUUAUUUUGGAGGAGAGAUCCUUAAAUAUGGCCAAUGCUGCAGUAGAAAUUUUUGGUAAAAAAUUCCCCACAGAUUUGUUACCAGAUGAACCAAAUUUUUAUAAUUUGGCUUUUGAACCAUUUAAACCAAUGAUAGAAUUGCAUAAAGAAUACCUUUUAACCCCCAUAUUUUGGAAAUUGAAAACAAAGGGGAAAUUCAUAGACUCCAUAGGUAAAAUUUAUUUGGAUUGGUCACAUCAAGCCAAAAAUAUUUAUAUUAAUUAUGCUUCUUCAAUGGCAAUAGUCCAUGAAAUUAUUAUUUGGGAGAAAAGGCAUCAAACUAAAUUUGCCAUUUGGUUGAAAAAGAUUGAUAAUUCGCAAGAAAUUACAAGAUCAAAAAUGUAUCAUGAUGUUAUAUUCUUUGGGGGGUUUUUCAAAUCUUUACAAAAUUUACCAAUCACUUUAAAUUCGGUUUUAAAAAAUACAAAUUCUAAUAAUGAAGAUUAUGAAUAUUUAAAAUUAGCCAUAAAAGAAAUCGAAAAUUUGAGUUCUAUUGUAGAUACAAUUCAUGGUGAAACUACAGACCAUAGAAAGUUAAUUCGUUUUUCAAAACAAUUAGUCUUUAAUAGUAGUACAAGUAAUACUGUAGGAUAUAUCAAUUUGAAAAAUAGUGACGAAUCAGAUUUAUCUGAUUACUCAAAUGAUUCAAAUGAUGAUAUUUCCGAAAAAACUGGAGAUUAUUCAGAAACGACCGUAGAAGAUUCUUCGACAACUAUGACUUCAACUCGUGUUAUUAGUAGUAGUAAUCAUCAUCAUCACCAUCAUCAUCAUCAUCAUAACAUUUCUCAUGAUAAAUUAGAUUUAGGUCUUAAAAAUCCAGAACGAAAAUUAAUUAAUGCUGGACCUGCUUUGAAAAAGAGAGAUUUAUGGAUUGAUUCAGCUCCAGUUUAUAUCGCUCUAUUAGAUAAUUAUUUCUUAAUUACUGAAAUUGUGGUUAAAAACAACCAAAAAAAGUUUAAAUUAAUUGAAAGGCCAAUACCAAUCGACUACUUGAAUUUAGAACAAAGAAAAAAUAUCAAUAAUACAAGUAAUAUUUCAAAUAUGGCAAAUAGCAUUAGUAAUAAUAUUGAUGGCAAUAAUGCUAAUAACUCUAGUUUCAAUAAUAAUAUGGGUAUGAAUUAUAAUUACAAUAUUUAUGGUUCAAAUAAUAAAGAAUCUAGAUCAUCUCAAAUUACUCCAAUUAGUGGCGUUAGACCUCAUCUAAGAUCCGCAGCUACUACAGUCUCUAAGACUAUACAUUCUUCUACUAAUAAUUCCAAGUAUAAUAGCACCAUUGCUUCAAAUGGUAAUAGUGGGUUUGAUACUUUUUCAACUUCAAGCGCCAAGAUUUCAAAUGAUAACUCUAUUUCAAUAGACUGUUCUUUUAAAAUUAGAAAUACAGCUACAAAUGAAUCUUUUACAUUUUACUUAUCAAAUUUUGAAGAAAGAGAUCAUUGGAUUAAAUCAUUCAUGUUGUGUUUCAAACAGUCAAGUAAACGCUUAUCUUCUCAUGUUUUCAAUUUUGAAGUACUAAGUACUCAGUUUGGUUAUUCUGAAAAGGAUGCACCUGUUAAUUUACCAGUGGCAGCUGAAGGCUCAGAAAUUGAUAAAGCGUUAAAAAUUUAUGAUAGAAAACUACAUAAUUCGAUUAAAAGGGAUGGCUUAAAUGAUAGCAAAACUCCUAUAUCUAGUACCUCUGCUGUAUCCUUAUCACAAUCUUCAUAUCUCACUAAUGAAAAUAACAUGACAACAGAAUCUAAGUAUAUUAAGCCAACUACAUUAUAUUGUUCAGAAUAUCUUGUCUAUGAAGGAAAGACGUUCUUACUGAUUGCCACAGAUUAUGGUGUACUAAUGAGACGUGAAAAUAAUGAAACAGGUAAAUUUAUUAAGAUUUUACAAUUGUCUUCUGUGAGAAGGAUGGAAGUAAAUUUGAAGCUAAACUUAGUAUUUGUAUUAGAUGGUAAAAAAUUAUGUUAUUUUAGUAUUCCAAGUAUCCUAGCAGCUUAUUAUGAUCCUGAAAGUUACCUUUUGAAUAAUAAAUUAGUUGGUAUUGUGGUGAGUGAAAAAGUUGGUUGGUUUAAAUUUGCUGAAGAUUUUGGUAAUUCAAGGCAUUUAUUCUAUGAAAGAAAAGGCUCAAUUGUCAUAUUAACGCCAGAAUUUGAUAGAAUAUCCAAAUUAUUAAAAUAUUUUAAAUUUUAUAAAGAAUACAGUUUAGCAGCUGCUAAUAAUGGAUUGUUAGUGCCAGAAGUUCAAGAUAUUGCCAUUUUCAAGAAAUGUUUUAUUGUUUCAACAACAAAGGGGGCAAUAUUUUUCCAAGAAGCCUUGAAUGAUGAAGGUAUAGCAUUACCAAGUUUCUUAAAUGAUAAAGAAAUUUAUAGUUAUACUAAACAAUCACAUUUGGGUGCAAAUCCAUUUAAAAAGACAAUAGAAACCUCAUCUAAAAAAAAUUCUUCAAAGGAAAAAAUGGCAGAAUACGUUAAGAAAGAUAUCGCCAGUAAUAAAACUAAACCAUUAGCGUGCUUCAAAUUGGCACAUAUUGGCUCCUUUGUGAUAGUAUAUGAUGAAACAGUUAUCUUAAUUGAUGCUCACGGCCAAAUUCCUGAUUGGAAAAAACAAAUCCUAGUUCUGGAUUUUUAUUGUACAGGUGUAAGCUUUUAUCACAACUAUUUGAUUCUUGUUGGUGAUAAUUUAGUGCAAAUCUAUGAUUUAAAUGACCCAAAUUUAUCCUUAAGUAAGCUGGUUCCAGUGCAAUUAAUUAAGGGUAAAAAAAUUCAAAUGGUUAGCUCAAGCCAUUCUUCAAGGCCAAUCAUCGUCUUAAGUCACCCUAAUAUUGCAAACCGGCAAUUACUUUUAGCUUGUGAUUUAGAUGGUUCAUAG